AUGAAUGCUUAUUCCGUUGAUUUAAUCAGUUUUAUUGGUCUUGCAGCUGCAAUAGAAAAAGAUUUGUGGGCCACUGGAACAGUAAAUGAGGAAUAUUUGAAAGCUUUAAAUGCUCUCUUUGGCAAUUUUCCGCGAUUGAGAGCCACAGAGCCUGCAACACUUAGUAUUCCACAUCUAGUCACAUCCCUCAAGACUGGCUCAGAGGCUACUCAAGAAUCUGCCUUGGAUGCCCUAUUUCUUCUUAGGCAAGCUUGGUCGGCAUGCCCGGCUGAAGUCUCUAGAGCACAGUCAAUUGCUGCUGCUGAUGCAAUUCCCUUGUUGCAAUACUUGAUCCAAUCUGGUCCACCACGGUUUCAGGAGAAGGCAGAAUUUUUGUUACAUUUUAUUGGUCUUGCAGCUGCAAUAGAAAAAGAUUUGUGGGCCACUGGAACAGUAAAUGAGGAAUAUUUGAAAGCUUUAAAUGCUCUCUUUGGCAAUUUUCCGCGAUUGAGAGCCACAGAGCCUGCAACACUUAGUAUUCCACAUCUAGUCACAUCCCUCAAGACUGGCUCAGAGGCUACUCAAGAAUCUGCCUUGGAUGCCCUAUUUCUUCUUAGGCAAGCUUGGUCGGCAUGCCCGGCUGAAGUCUCUAGAGCACAGUCAAUUGCUGCUGCUGAUGCAAUUCCCUUGUUGCAAUACUUGAUCCAAUCUGGUCCACCACGGUUUCAGGAGAAGGCAGAAUUUUUGUUACAGUGUUUGCCAGGGACAUUAACAGUGACAAUUAAACGAGGCAACAAUAUGAAGCAGUCAGUUGGAAACCCAAGUGUUUAUUGCAAGCUUACACUUGGCAACACUCCGCCUAGGCAAACCAAGAUUGUAUCAACCGGUCCUAAUCCAGAGUGGGAUGAGAGCUUUGUCUGGUCCUUUGAAAGUCCUCCAAAGGGGCAAAAACUUCAUAUUUCAUGCAAGAAUAAGAGCAAAAUGGGGAAGAACUCAUUCGGAAAGGUAACAAUUCAGAUCGAUCGCGUUGUGAUGCUAGGGGCAGUUGCUGGGGAGUACACUCUGCUGCCUGAAAGCAAAAGUGGGGCCUCACGCAAUCUGGAAAUAGAAUUCCAGUGGUCGAACAAGUAG